AUGAAAAUAAAGUCAACACCACGACGAAUUAAGACUCGAUCAAAAAGGCCAGAACCAGAGCAAAUUAGAACAGAAUCUCAAACUUUUGUCGUUACAGAUUUAAAUAACAUCGAUACUAAAACAGAACAAGACGACAAGGCCUUCAUACCUUUGCGCCAAGUGACAAGUUCUCGACGCGUUACUAUAAAAAGAGAACUGUUAGACCAAGAGUCUAAAGAUCUACUGUCCGGUUCAGUUGAAGCAGAAAGGGAUACUCACGCCACUAGACCACCCACCUCGUUACUAGCACAAUACACACCCAACCGAGAUCUCCCCCCAAUCAUAGAUGAACGUACUCUCUACUGCAAUAUAUGUCGUAAAACUUACAAGUCUAUUCCCAUUUAUCGUACACAUAUGAAGAGAAUUCAUAAAAUGGGUAAAAAGCCUAUAAAAAGAAAACCUGGGGAUCAUAGUUGUAAUAUAUGUGGCCGACUCUUCGCUUCAAAACUCGUUCGGACCUCUCAUUGUAAGAUUGCGCAUUACGGAUUUAGGUUUAAUCCUACAGUUCAGGCACAUGCUGGUACUACGACACCGGAUUUAUACGAUAAAAGUAAUCGAUGCAGCGCUUGCAAAUGUCUUGGCUUGGAUGUCGAUGGCGCUACUGGGAUAUUUGAUCCGCAUGCUAACAAUACGCUUACUGCUAUCGACAAAAAUUGCUACUGCUCUGUGUGCAACACAAAUUUUAAUGGCACUGGAGAAUAUUAUCGUCAUUUAUUGUGUCAUUAUUGCCCUCGUGCUGUAACUCGUUUGUAUGAUGAUCAUUAUUCUGGUGUGGUUACUAACGACCAGUGUAAAUAUGCUAUUUGCGAAAUCUCAGCUAUCAAGUCUGGGGCUGUAGUUUUAAGUAAGGAUGAUCCGCAUGCCAAAAGCUUACCUGUUCUCGACAAUGAAGACAACAAAUGUACUGUAUGUGAAAUUACAUUUGGUAGUAAGAACAAUUUUAUAAUUCAUCUGCUGACGAAGUAUGGCUCAAAAGCGUUUACCGGCAUGAAUGAAAAAGAUCCACAUUUAAACACAGCACCUGAUAUAAAUGAUCCAAACAAACAAUGUUUAGGAUGCAAAAAGAUAUUCGAUACCAGAAAUAGUUAUUUUGCGCAUUUACGUCAUAUAUAUGGAUAUUGUAUCAUCCCAGACUCCUUAAAUCUUCAUUUGAAUACAGUGCCGAAUUUCGAUGAUAAAAGCUAUCAAUGCAUUGGAUGCGGAAAGAAUUUUUGGAAUACGACCCGUUUUCAUAAGCAUUUGAAAAGCAGUUACAAAGACAUAAGCAAGAAGGCAGAAAUUGUGAAGUUCGAAUGCAAUCGGUGUAAUACGCAAUUCGGUUCCUACAACCUUCAUCGAUUCCAUUUGCGAUAUAGUCCGUGUGCCGCUUCAACCAAUCGGUCUAAUCAACAUAAUAACACGGUGCCGAAUGUCAGAGAUAAAAACCUUCAAUGUAUUGGCUGUAAAAAGAAAUUCGAUUCGAAGUUUCAUUAUUAUCAUCAUUUAACAGAAAACUACAAUCUGGACAGCACAAUAGGCGUCAAGACUAGAUCCCGAUCUCGCGUCAGUAAAACAUCAGAAGAUGUUCCUAUAAAAUUAGAAGAGGACAGCAAGGCCUUCAUACCUUUGCGCCAAGUGACAAGUUCUCGACGCGUGACUAUAAAGAGAGAACCGUUAGAUCAAGAUUCUAAAGAUCUACUGUCUGAUUUAGAUGAAGAGAACAGCGGUGACAAUACAGAGUGUAAUCUAUGUAGGUUAACCUUUGUUAAUUUGGAGCAGUUGGCCAUGCACAUGGAGCCUUGUCACGAUGUUAAUGACCUCAAAACGCCAUCACCCUUAGGCAGACUAAACUUAAAAUGUCAUUCCUGUCAGAUAAAAUUUACUGGCAGAAGGGACUACUCAAGACACUUAAGGAUCACCCACCUCCUUACUAGCCAAGUUCCUGCACAAUACAAAUCCAACCGAGAUCUCCCCCCAAUCAUAGAUGAACGUACUCUCUACUGCAAUAUAUGUCAUAAAACUUACAAGUCUAUUCCCAUUUAUCGUGGACAUAUGAAGAGAAUUCAUAAAAUUAAUGAGCACUCUAGGGAACGAAAACCUGGGAAUUAUAGUUGCAAUAUAUGUGGCCGACUCUUCUCCUCAAAAAUCAUUUGGGCCCAUCAUUGUAUACGUGAACAUUACGGACCUAAGCUUUCUCCUACAGUUCAGGCACAUGCUGGUAUUACGACACCGGAUUUUCACGAUAAAAAUAAUCGAUGUAGCGCUUGCGAAGUAUCAUUCCACAACACACAAUCAUACCAAGAUCAUUUGAUUUUUAUUUAUGGAUCAAAUCGUCUUGGCUUGGAUGUUGAUAACGCUCCUGGUAUAUUCGAUCCGCACAUAGACAAUGUAGUCACUGCUAUCGACAUAAAUUGCUACUGCUCUGGGUGCAAGACAAAAUUUCAUAGCACUGAAGCAUAUUAUCAUCAUUUAUGUUAUCAUUACUGCCGGCGAGUCAUCAACAAACUAUUUAAUGAACUUCAGUCCUUUGCAGACCCAUUCGAAGAUACUGACACCAUAUGUGAAUGUGCUGUAUGUAAAAUCUCUGCUAUCAAGUCUGGGACUCCAUUUUUAAGUAAGGAUGAUCCGCAUGCCAAAAGUUUUCCUGAUCUUGACAAUGAAGACAACAAAUGUACUGUAUGUAAAUUUACAUUUCGUACUAAGACUAAUUAUGUACGUCAUUUGCUGGCAAAGUAUGGUUCAAAAGUGUUUACCGGCAUGAAUGAAAAAGAUCCACACUUAAACACAGUACCUGUUAUCAAUGAUACGAACAAACAAUGUAUAGGAUGCAAAAAAAUCUUCGAUACCAGAAACAGUUAUUUUGCGCAUUUACGUCAUAUCUAUGGAAACCAUAUCCUCCCAGCCUCCUUUGAUUUUCAUUUGAAUACAGUGCCAAAUUUAAAUGAUAAAAGCUAUCAAUGCAUUGGAUGCGGAAUGAAAUUUAUGGGCAAAGCCCGUUUUCAUGAUCACUUGGAACGCAAUUAUAAUGAUUUGAAAAACAAUUACAAUGUUUUGGAAAGCAGUGACAAAGACAUAAGCAAGAAGGCAGAAAUUGUGAAGUUCGAAUGCGAUCGGUGUAGUACACAAUUCGGUUCUUACAACCUUCAUCGAUUCCAUUUGCGAUAUAGUCCGUGUGCCGCUUCAAUCAAUCGGUAUAAUCAACAUACUAACACGGUGCCGAAUGUCAGAGAUAAAAACCGUCAAUGUAUUGGCUGUAAAAAGACUUUCCAUGAGUUGUCUGAUUACCACCGUCAUUUAACAAGAAACUAUAAUCUAGACACUACAAGAGGUCCAGAUGAUCCUCAUCUAAAUACCAUGCCUGAUCUCCAUAGCAAAAAUAGGAAAUGUUUCGCUUGCAAAAUGGUAUACAACGAGGAUUGGAGGUUUUGGAUGCAUUUGGUAAAUAAAUACAAUUUGAAACCGAAAUGUGAAAAUACAAAUGAUGAUCCACAUGUCAACGUGGUGCGAAACGAAGAUGAUGAAAAAAACUAUUGUGCUGCAUGUGAUAGAAUAUUCAUUUACAGGGACUCGUACCUUCACCACAUAAAUCAACUUCAUGGUUCAUAAGAAGGAGAAAAAUAACCACUGGAAAACCAAUUAAUAAACAAAAUGAACUCUCUUCCUUC